AUGCCAAAGCGACCUCAAGAAACUGAUGAUGGGCAUGUGGCCCCCAAUGCAAAAAAACCCAAAAUAGGCAGUCCGUCUCAGGCGAUCAAUUUCAACCACGCUGAUUAUACUAUUGCAUGGAUUAGUGCGUUGCCAAAGGAGCAAACCGCGGCAAUUGCCAUGCUGGACCGAAAACACCCGGACCUUCCGUCUCCCACCAACGAUGACAAUGUGUAUACCCUAGGAUCGAUUGGUGGCCAUAACAUUGUGAUUGCUUGUCUACCAAAGGGGAGAUACGGCACCAAUUCUGCAGCAACUAUCGCGACAAAGAUGAUUGGCUCGUUUCCUUCGAUUAAAUUUGGUCUGCUAGUUGGCAUAGGAGGUGGCAUCCCAUCCAAGGUUCGACUUGGGGAUGUUGUGGUCAGCACGCCAGUUGAUCAGUAUCCAGGAGUUGUCCAGUGGGAUUUUGGAAAAGCUGAGGAAGGUGGUGAGUUUAGACGAACUGGGUCGCUAAACAGCCCACCGAACGCUCUCCUCAAAGUCUUGGCAAAGCUAGAGACUGAACAUGAGAUGCAAGAGUCUAAAGUUCCCGGUUUCUUGAACGAGAUGAAACAGAAAUGGCCGAAAUUAUAUCCAAAAUAUUUUUGGAAUGAUUCUUUAAGAGAUCCGCAAGACGAAGAUAGAGAGAGAGCGGCGAAUGUAGCAACUAAUAUCGCCGCUAAUGAGCUUCAAACAAGAUGCCCAGAUAUUCACCACGGCUUAAUCGCAUCCGGUAAUCAAGUUAUCAAAGAUGCUGCAGUUCGUGACCGCCUUGACGAGGAUCUUGGCGAGAAGUUACUGUGCAUCGAAAUGGAAGCAGCAGGAUUAAUGAACGACUUUCCUUGUCUCGUUGUCCGAGGCAUCUGUGAUUAUGCAGACUCUGGUAAGAACAAAGACUGGCAAGAGUAUGCAGCAGCUGUGGCAGCAGCCUUUGCGAAAGAAAUUCUUUUUACAUUGCAAAUCUGGGCUGUGGAACGUAUGGACCCAGUUAGAGGUAUGUAA